AUCCAGAAAAAAUUGAUGAUAUAAAACGUCAAAUGGAAAAAUAUGAACAUUUCUUAUAUUUUAAAAACUUGAGUGAUGGUAAAUCUAUAGAAUAUUUGAGAACUUCAUUUUUUCAGAUAAAAGAACGAGCCAAAGAAUAUCUACCACCUCACACUUAUAUUUACACAGAUAUUGAAGUUAAUAAUGUAAUUGUAUUAGUAGAAAAUAACAAUAGAAAUAAAGAAUUUAUAGAUUCUAUCCAACAAUAUAACCCGAUUAUACUUGAUCCAAGAGAACCACCUGAUCCACUGAUUUCUAAACGCCAAGAUAAAGUUGAUAAAAAAUUAAUCACAAUAAAUAUUAAAAUUAAUAAGCACGGAGGAGGUAACAGUGGAGGGCCCCUAUUUAAUUAUAUAGAUUUAUUUUCAGUAAAUAUAGUUGGUAUAUACGUUGGAGAUAACAAAAAUCAUAGCCUUGUUAGUACUCAACCAAUAGAACUUAUUCUUAGUACUGCUAGACUAGUUUUUGUCGACCCAGGGGAAGGGAGCGGAACGAAAGGAGGGUGA